AUCGCGUUCACGCUCUCGCGAGAGCAACGUUUUGUUGUGGCUACACAGCUUAGCUGCUACUCGAACUGGCUGCGUCUAUUUCACCAGGCUACAUCUCCGUCUGGACCGGGAUGGAGGCUCUCGGAGCCCUAGACGAUGCCGAGAGGCCAGGGCACAAUCCUUUUUUGAUAGGGGUCAGCGGGGGAACAGCCAGCGGCAAGUCAACAGUUUGUGCCAAGAUCAUGGAGCUCCUGGGACAGAACAAGGUGGACCACCGCCAGAGGAAGGUGGCGAUCAUAAGCCAGGACAGCUUCUACAGAGUCCUGACUCCAGAGCAGAAAGCAAAGGCACUUAAGGGCCAGUACAACUUUGACCAUCCGGAGGCAUUUGAUAAUGAAUUGAUGUAUAAAACACUGAAGGACAUAGUCGAGGGACAAGUGGUAGAAGUUCCAACAUAUGACUUUGUCACUCAUUCCAGGCUGGAGGACAGGAUCGUAGUUUACCCAGCAGACGUUGUCCUUUUUGAGGGGAUUCUGGUGUUCUACCCUCAGAUCGUGCGCGACAUGUUCCACAUGAAGCUCUUUGUGGACACGGAUUCAGAUGUCAGACUUUCUCGUAGAGUUCUGCGAGACAUGAACAGAGGGCGGGAUCUGGAGCAGAUUCUCACUCAGUAUACGACAUUUGUCAAACCUGCUUUUGAGGAGUUUUGUUUGCCUACUAAGAAAUAUGCAGACGUGAUCAUUCCAAGGGGAGUUGACAACAUGGUGGCCAUCAACCUCAUUGUGCAGCACAUCCAAGACAUUCUCAAUGGAGACAUCUGCAAAUGGCAGCGUGGGUCCAUCAACGGCCGCGGCUUCAAACGAGCGAUUUCUGAGCAGGGUGACCUGCCGAACGGAUCUUCUAAUCCUCCAGGGAAGAGAGUCCUGCUGGAGCCCAGUACUCGGCCUCACUGAGACUGUGUGGAUGUACAGGUGGGGGACCUCUCUGGACUCUGAAAAAGCGUUGCGUUGGGAUUGCUGGUACUGAUAUGUGCAGAGUGGAUAACCAACGUUAAUGCUGGUCUUAGCUCUGCAGCCUUUUUAAUACAAGUAUCCACAGUUUUAAACUGUAACCACUCAGUGCUGCAACCUCUCAAAUGAUAAGAUAUUGUAAUUAUUGGCACAUUUUACAUUUAAUUUGCUUUUCACUUGUGACAGUCUUCCAUCAUGUUUGAGUUGUCAGUAUUGACUGUGACAUUAGCUGAUCGGUUACUGAGAUGGCAGUAAUAUUUGGGUAGGAGACAUUUUAUUCCAGUCAUGGAUGUAGUUAUGUUAACCUAUGUUGCUUACAUAGAUUUGUAUAUGUAAAUUAUUACAUAUUGCUAUUUUUAAGAUGUUAUUUAAAUCAAAUUAGGGUCAGAUGUCCAUCCUAUGCUAGAGUGUUCCUUUUGAUCAUUCAACACUGUAUACACGCCUUACCUUUUUAACGUCUAUCAUUCUACACAAUAAAUAAGAAUUCACUGGUAGUAUUUUAACAUUGUCAGUCUUUUUACGUUUAAAAAAAAUAAACUUCUAACAGAAAGUGUA